CGAAAAACUAUAAAGCAGAUACCAUCUCAUCUUUCUCCCCAUCGCCACCAUGUCCGCCAACCCAGAGAUGAUGUUCCUCGGCUCAGAGUGCCACCACCCAGCCUGCUACCUCCACGACUUUCUGCCCUUCUCCUGCCCAGCAUGCCAUCAAUCAUUCUGCCAGCCGCACUUUCUCCCAUCGCAGCACUCUUGCACGGCCCCCUUGCCACCGUCCAUGGUCGACAGGAUCGCCCCCACAUGUCCCAUGUGCAGCGAGAUCGUGCCGUUCCCGAAGAGUAUGGACCCAAACGAGGCUGUCGAACGGCAUAUCCUCGGAGGCACCUGCACUGGCUUUCAGGGCGGAGAGGAGAGGAAGAAGGCAGAAGUCAAGAGGCGGCGAGAUGCGGGCGAGGUUUGCUGGCGAAAGACGUGUGGCAAGGUCUUGGUCGUCAAGAUGAAGUGUGAUACAUGCCAACAUAUGUUUUGCCCAACUCAUCGACGGCCCAACGCGCACUCGUGUACCAACCAAACCCCUUCCCCCGGCUCCUCCUCUUCAGGUCUCGUAACGCCACAGCUGCCCGUACCCAGCGCUUCUCGCCCAGCAGGCAAGUCUGCCAUGUCCCGUCUACUCCCGCCGUCCAUGCAGCCGCCCGCUGGAGCCUCCGCCAAGCCCUCUCCGCCCGCCAAGACUGCGCCGUCGUCAAAGCCUUUGCCAGCUACGGUCGUGCAGAAUAGCGAGCCUGCGACGACGGGUGGGACAGGGCAAAAGAUGGAUGCGAGGGCGGCGGCUGCGGCUGCAGCGCUGAAGAGGGCUGGACAGGAUGUCAAGGUGCCUUUCGUGAAGAGUACCACGCAAAAGUGAGCCAUGGCCACUGUCCUUGCAGAGCUAGGCUGACUUUGUGAUCAAGACGAACCAAGGCAGAGAUUGAUUCACAGAUGAAGGCGCUCAAAGCACGACAUGAUAAAGGUCUCCUCACCAAAGCCGAGCAGGUGAGAUAAGGACAAACAUGUGCCGACUAUCAGACUCAUCUCUGCACCUCUCCUUUCCAGGUCAAGUAUGCGGAACUGGUAGGCGAGAAGGAAGCGAGUAGACGGUCGGGAGGGAAUGGGGAGAAGGGCCAGGAUAAAGAUUGUAUCAUUGCAUAGAUGCUAAAGUCCUUGUUAUUGUAGUUUAUUCAUUAUAGCAUCGCAUCAGUAAAUGUAAAUUUGCACUGUCUA